AUGGAUGUGGACGGGCCCACCCCCGCCAAGCCCGCCUCGAACGGCGAGGCCCCCUCCGGCGCCCACGAGGUGGACGUCGGCGAGGAGGAGGACACGCUCGCUGGCGUCCUCCGCAGCUACGUCAACGGCGUCUGGUACCCCGACGACGAGCCGCUGCUACGGCGGCUCCGGGCGGCGUCCUGCGAGGCCGCGCCGCGGCUGAGGGGCGCGUCCCGGAACUCCGCGCGGGACCUGCUCGAGUGGACCAGGCGGGGCAGCGGCCUCCGCGCCAUCCUCGUCAUCUCGGUCGGGACAAUCACACUUAUAGCAUUGACUGGCCUUCUGAUCUUCAUGUUCUUCCUGCUGGUUGCCACUGCUAAUGCAAUCAUCGUCUCAGUCCUGAUGUCACUGGCUGCUGCCGGAGGAUUCUUGGCUAUCUUCUUUGCUUGCUUAGUUGCAGUGUAUAUUGGAGCAGUAUCAGUUGCUAUCUUUGCCAUUUCUGCGACUGUCAUCUCAGCAGUUGUUGGAGUUAUGAUUGCUACAGGUUGGGUUGGGUUCUUCUGGAUGAUCUUGUUCACCGCAAGGAAGAGUUUGGACCUGACGAAGCACUCUAUUGGCGUGACGAGCUCGGCGAUCCAAUCAUACUCGGCGUCCCGGCAUGUGAACCAGAAGCCGGUCGACUGA